CUCCAUUCAGUGCUUGAACCAUUUUUGAGAAGCUUAUUGUAUAUAUGAUUUUUUUUUUUUUUUUUAUUUCUCCUCCCCAUAGGAUAAAUGAAGAUGCUGACACGCCGAAACAAACCGAAUUAUGCACACUCCUUUAAGUCUUGUGGUAAGCUAUAGAGGUGGUUUUUUUUUUUUUUUAGAAGUUUUUUUUUUUUUAAAUAGUUUGUACCAGCUGAAAAUUUGCUACAUCAUAUUUCUCUAUUCUUCCUUUGUAGAACCUCAGAUUUGCGCAAGAUGUGCAAUGCAGGCCUCCAGAACAAAUGCAUUACAAAUAUCUAAUGGCUGAUGAAAAUACAGAUUGUUACCAAAUAUCCCAGUUCAGGUCAGUACCUAGGAAAUAAAUGCAUGGAUGAAUUUUUAGGUUGGAUGUUGCUCAAUCUUGCCUUGCAAACUGUAAAAUAACACAAUGAUGAUUCUCAUAAUGCCGUUUACCCAUCUGAUUUAGGUGAUGACCAUUAUGGAACUGAUAUAACAUUUCUCACCAUAUUGUUUUAUGGUAACUUGGAAUGACUUUCAUAACUGAUGUUAUUUUUUUUUUUUUUCCUUAGGUGUUGUGGUUUCUCAAGUUGAUCCUUCCUAACUGAGGUAGGCAUGCAAAUAACUUGUUUGAUACAUCAUAUAUUGAAGGUAUGGGUGGUCCAGGGGCUCUAUAUAGUGGUGGCUAGAAAUACCGCUAUAUACUGGACAACAAUUAAAUGGCAUGUUAUUACUAAUGUAAGGUAGAACUUUAGUUUUAAUAUUUCUAAGACCUGUAUUCUUGUUGCCAGUAUUAUGAUGAUUAAAAAAAUUGCCGUUUACCUAACAGAGUGUUUGUGGUGAAACCAUCUCAAUCUGAAAUGUUGGCAUACAGUUUAACUGUUGUCCAGAUAUUGUUUGAGGGUUUCUGUUAAUUUUGCUUUUUCUAUCUUUAUUUUAGAAUAAGGAUUUAAACUUUGACCUUUAAUCUGACCAAAGCUACACAGAGGAAAUCAGAAAUGCGGUGUAAUGUAAACGUCAACAAAUGUUGUGAGUAUUAGACUUGUCCUCUACUCUUGUUUUGUCUAUACCAGUAGAGCUACAUUUUGAUAUAAUUGGGUUUUAAUUUUGUAAUGGAGAUACAGUAUGCCUUGAGAUUCGUACUUUAAGACUCAAUCAGACUUUGAAUUGUAUCGAAUGUUUUAACAUCAGUAAUGUUCUGGCUCAAUGAUGAGUAACUUUUUGCCGUUUACCCAACAGAAUGUCUGUGGUGAAACUUUUCUAUUCUGAAAAGCCUGAACAGAUUUGAUUACAUGAAUUGUAGUUAAUCAUACAAUAUCUAAUGUAUGUAUAUUCUCUCUAGGUACAUUGUGCAGUGUGGACUAGGUGUAGUCAUCCUCCCAAGGCUUGAGGUACAGUAAUUCUGGCAGUUGACUUAAUAAAAAUAAAGCUUUACUCUUCAAAUGCUAUAUAUCAUAUCCAUGUUGAGCACCAUCCUGAAUUAAUAUAGCUGUGGUUCAUGAU